AUGGCGGCAGUACCCAUUGGUAUGGGGGAUCCGCCAUAUCUGAUGGUGUGCCGUGGCAACGAGUCAAGACUUGAGCGUGUUCUCAUCACCGUGAACAAGAGCGGCGCCGUCAAACGUGACUCGACUGGCGCCGUGACGAGUCUUUUAUGCAGCAUUUGCAGCGUUUACACCGUCGUCCGGCUGGGAUUUGGACAGGCCAGUCAAGCAGCGGCAUGGCGUGCUUGA